AUGGCUAAGAAGAGAAAGAACUCCGGCAGAAACAAGAAGGGUAGAGGUCACGUCAAGCCCGUCAGAUGCUUGAACUGUGCCCGUUGUGUCCCCAAGGACAAGGCUAUCAAGCGUGUCACCAUCAGAAACAUGGUUGAAGCCGCCGCUGUCAGAGACUUGUCGGACGCCUCGGUGUACAAGGAAUACGCUCUUCCUAAGUUGUACAACAAGUUGCACUACUGUGUUUCGUGCGCCAUCCACGCCAGAAUUGUCCGUGUUAGAUCGAGAGAAGACAGAAAGAUCAGAACUCCUCCUCAAAGAAAGAGAUUCAACCAGGACAGAAAGGUGUCUCCCCAAGACGCCGCCAAGAAGGCCACCGCCUAA